AUGCGUUACUAUACUAGCUCUGUAAUUGCAUUGACCUCAUGUCUCGCUGGGCUCGCCCUCGCCCAAUCUUCCGGGUCCUUCAACCUCUUGACCUUCAACGUAGCCGGCCUCCCUGACUGGCUGAGUGACAACGGCGUGCCAGGGGACAAGGCCACCAACGCCGGCACAAUUGGCAGUCUCUUUGCCGAGACAGGAUACGAUAUCAUCCACAUACAGGAAGAUUUCGGCUACAACUCCGAGAUCUAUGCCAAGGACAACCACCCCUACCGGACAGUAACUUCGGGCAAUGUUCUCGCGGGAUCUGGCUUAAAUACGCUCUCCAACUUCCAGUGGACUGGCCUGGACCGCGUCACCUGGAAGUUUUGCUGGGUCAAUGAGGCCGAUUGCCUCACUCCCAAGGGAUUCACCUUCAUGCGCAUCAAUGUUGGCGGGGCAGAGAUUGACCUCUACAACGCCCAUGCCGACGCAGGCGAUGACUGGGGAGACAAGUUGGCCCGGAGCCUGGGCGUUGACCAGCUCCUCGCUUAUAUCAACAACGACUCCGCCGGGCGAGCCGUAAUUAUUGCGGGUGACUUGAAUGACCGCUGGUAUACUUCGGACUUGAGCAUUAACAAAUACGUCUCGGCUGGGUUCAGCGAUGUCUGGGCAACCGUUGUCAAGGGCGGCGUUUACCCUACCCCUGGAUCUGCCGCCAACUACUGCUCAAAUCCUGCCCCUAAUAACAAUUGCGAAGUCGUCGAUAAGAUACUGUUUCGCUCCGGCGACUCGGUCAAGUUGACUGCGAACUCUUUCAGUUAUAAAUCCGACGUGUUUAAGCAGCCAGAUGGAAAUAUUGUCUCAGACCACAACCCUGUGCUGGCUGAAUUCAGUUGGUCUGUGUAG